GGUGCUGAAGGGCAGGGGACAACUGAUGGUGCUACUUUGAACUGCUUUUGCUUUUCUCCUUUUUGCACAGAGAGUCUCAUGUCUGCUAUUUAGACAUGAUGAGCUUUGUGCAAAAGGGGAGCUGGUUCCUUCUUGCUCUGCUUCACCCCUUCACUGUUAUUUUGGCACAACAGACUGGUGCAAAUAAUGAAGAAGGAUGCACCCAUCUUGGUCAGUUCUAUCAGCCUAGAGAUGUAUGGAAACCAGAGCCGUGCCAAAUAUGCGUCUGUGACUCAGGAUCUGUUCUCUGCGAUGACAUCAUAUGUGACGAAGAAACCUUAGAUUGCCCCCAUCCUGAAAUUCCAUUUGGAGAAUGUUGUGCAGUCUGCCCACAGCCUUCAACACCAGCUCCUCCUGUAGUUAAUGGCCAAGGACCUCAAGGCCCAAAGGGAGAUCCAGGCCCACCUGGUAUUCCUGGGAGAAAUGGUGAUCCCGGUAUUCCAGGACAACCAGGAGCUCCAGGUCCUCCUGGAAGCCCUGGCAUCUGUCAGUCAUGUCCUACGGUUGGCCAGAACUAUUCUCCCCAGUAUGAUUCAUAUGAUGUCAAGUCUGGAGUAGGAGGAGCAGGAAUUGGUGGCUAUCCUGGGCCAGCUGGUCCCCCUGGCCCCCCAGGACCCCCUGGUACCUCUGGUCAUCCUGGCUCCCCUGGUUCUCCAGGAUACCAAGGUCCCCCCGGUGAGCCUGGACAAGCUGGUCCCGCAGGCCCUCCAGGACCUCCUGGUGCUUUAGGUCCCUCUGGUCCUGCUGGAAAAGAUGGAGAAUCAGGGAGACCUGGAAGACCUGGAGAGAGAGGAUUACCUGGACCUCCAGGUAUCAAAGGCCCCGCUGGCAUGCCUGGAUUCCCGGGUAUGAAAGGACACAGAGGCUUUGAUGGACGCAAUGGUGAAAAGGGUGAAACAGGUGCUCCUGGACUAAAGGGUGAAAAUGGUCUCCCGGGUGAAAACGGAGCUCCGGGGCCCCAGGGUCCAAGAGGGGCUCCUGGUGAGAGAGGACGGCCAGGUCUUCCUGGGGCUGCAGGAGCUCGUGGCAAUGAUGGUGCUCGAGGUAGCGACGGUCAACCAGGGCCUCCUGGUCCCCCUGGAACUGCAGGCUUCCCUGGAUCCCCUGGUGCUAAGGGUGAAGUUGGACCUGCAGGGUCCCCUGGUUCAAAUGGCUCCCCUGGACAACGAGGAGAACCUGGACCUCAAGGACAUGCUGGUGCUCAAGGUCCUCCUGGCCCUCCUGGGAACAAUGGUAGUCCUGGUGGUAAAGGUGAAAUGGGCCCAGCUGGAAUUCCUGGAGCUCCAGGCCUAAUGGGAGCCAGAGGUCCUCCAGGACCCCCUGGUACUAAUGGUGCUCCUGGACAGCGAGGCAGUGCAGGUGAACCUGGUAAAAAUGGUGCUAAAGGAGAACCUGGAGCAAGAGGUGAACGUGGUGAAGCUGGCUCCCCAGGUAUUCCAGGACCUAAAGGUGAAGAUGGCAAAGAUGGAUCACCCGGAGAACCGGGUGCAAAUGGACUUCCAGGUGCUGCAGGAGAAAGGGGUGCCCCUGGAUUCCGAGGACCUGCAGGACCAAAUGGCAUUCCAGGAGAAAAGGGUCCCGCUGGGGAACGUGGUGGUCCAGGACCUGCUGGACCUAGAGGUGUGGCUGGAGAACCUGGCAGAGAUGGUGCCCCUGGAACUCCAGGAAUGAGGGGUACGCCUGGAAGCCCCGGGGGACCAGGAAAUGAUGGAAAACCAGGGCCUCCCGGAAGUCAAGGAGAUAGUGGGCGUCCUGGACCUCCUGGGCCAUCUGGUCCCCGAGGUCAGCCUGGUGUGAUGGGAUUCCCUGGUCCUAAAGGAAAUGAUGGUGCUCCUGGUAAGAAUGGAGAACGAGGUGGCCCUGGAGGACCUGGCCUUCCAGGUCCUCCUGGAAAGAAUGGUGAAACUGGACCUCAGGGUCCCCCAGGACCUACUGGGCCAUCUGGUGACAAGGGAGAUGCAGGACUUCCUGGCCCACAGGGAUUACAAGGCCUACCUGGUCCUGGUGGUCCUCCAGGAGAAAAUGGAAAACCUGGUGAUGCAGGACCAAAGGGUGAAGCUGGUUCUCCUGGAGCUCCUGGAGGCAAGGGUGAUGCUGGAGCCCCUGGUGAACGUGGACCUCCUGGGCUGGCAGGGACCCCAGGUGCUAGAGGUGGAGCUGGUCCCCCUGGUCCGGAAGGAGGAAAGGGCCCUGCUGGUCCCCCUGGGCCACCUGGUACUGCUGGUUCCCCUGGUUUACAAGGGAUGCCUGGAGAAAGAGGAGGUCCUGGAGGUCCGGGUCCAAAAGGUGAAAAGGGUGAACCAGGCAGUGCAGGUGCUGAUGGUGUUCCAGGAAAAGACGGCCCCCGGGGUCCUACUGGUCCUAUUGGUCCCCCUGGUCCAGCUGGUCAACCUGGUGAUAAGGGUGAAGGUGGUGCUCCUGGACUUCCAGGAAUAGCUGGACCACGUGGUGGCCCUGGUGAGAGGGGUGAACUUGGACCUCCAGGACCUGCUGGCUUCCCAGGUGCUCCUGGUCAGAAUGGUGAACCUGGUGCUAAAGGAGAAAGAGGUGCUCCUGGUGAGAAAGGAGAAGGAGGAGCCCCUGGAGUUGCAGGACCCCCUGGAGGUUCUGGGCCAGCUGGUCCUCCUGGCCCCCAAGGUGUGAAGGGUGAACGUGGCAGUCCUGGUGGUCCUGGUGCUGCUGGCUUUCCUGGUGCUCGCGGUCUUCCUGGUCCUCCCGGCAAUAAUGGCAACCCAGGGCCCCCAGGUUCCAGUGGUGCCCCAGGCAAAGAUGGACCCCCAGGCCCUGCAGGUAACAGCGGUUCUCCUGGCAACCCUGGCGUGGCUGGACCAAAAGGUGAUGCGGGUCAACCUGGAGAGAAGGGACCACCCGGUGCUCAGGGCCCUCCGGGAGCUCCAGGCCCACUUGGAAUUGCAGGGAUUACAGGAGCACGUGGUCUGGCUGGACCCCCGGGCAUGCCAGGUCCCAGGGGCAGCCCUGGUCCUCAAGGUAUCAAGGGUGAAAGUGGCAAGCCAGGAGCAAGUGGCCACAAUGGAGAACGUGGUCCCCCAGGACCCCAAGGUCUUCCUGGUCUGGCUGGUACAGCUGGUGAGCCUGGAAGAGAUGGAAACCCUGGAUCAGAUGGUCUCCCAGGCCGAGAUGGAUCUCCUGGUGGCAAGGGCGAUCGUGGUGAAAAUGGCUCUCCUGGUGCCCCCGGUGCUCCAGGCCACCCAGGCCCACCUGGUCCUGUUGGUCCAGCUGGAAAGAGUGGCGACAGAGGAGAAACUGGUCCUUCUGGUCCAUCUGGUGCUCCAGGUCCUGCUGGUGCCCGAGGUCCUCCUGGUCCCCAAGGUGCACGUGGAGACAAAGGUGAAACUGGUGAACGUGGAUCUAAUGGCAUCAAAGGUCAUCGAGGAUUCCCAGGCAAUCCAGGACCCCCAGGUUCUCCAGGUGCUGCUGGUCACCAGGGUGCAGUUGGAAGUCCAGGACCUGCAGGCCCCAGAGGACCUGUUGGACCCCAUGGGCCUCCCGGCAAAGAUGGAACAAGUGGACACCCAGGUCCCAUUGGACCACCAGGGCCUCGAGGUAACAGAGGAGAAAGAGGGUCUGAGGGCUCCCCAGGCCACCCAGGACAACCAGGCCCUCCUGGACCACCUGGUGCCCCUGGUCCUUGCUGUGGUGGUGGAGCUGCUGCCAUUGCUGGAGUGGGAGGCGAAAAGUCUGGUGGCUACGCACCGUACUAUGGAGAUGAACCAAUGGACUUCAAAAUCAACACAGAAGAGAUCAUGUCUUCACUGAAAUCUGUGAAUGGACAGAUAGAAAGCAUCAUUAGUCCUGACGGUUCUCGUAAAAACCCAGCGCGGAACUGCAGAGACCUGAAAUUCUGCCAUCCUGAACUCAAGAGUGGAGAGUACUGGGUUGACCCGAACCAAGGCUGCAAGAUGGAUGCCAUUAAAGUUUUCUGUAAUAUGGAGACUGGGGAAACAUGUAUCAGUGCCAGUCCUGCGAGUGUUCCACGUAAGAACUGGUGGACAGACUCAGGUGCUGAGAAGAAACAUGUUUGGUUUGGAGAGUCUAUGGAUGGUGGCUUUCAGUUCAGUUAUGGCAAUCCUGAGCUUCCUGAGGAUGUCCUGGAUGUACAGUUGGCAUACCUUCGACUUCUCUCCAGCCGGGCUUCCCAGAACAUCACAUACCACUGCAAGAAUAGCAUUGCAUACAUGGAUCAGGCCAGUGGAAAUGUGAAAAAAGCCUUGAAGUUGAUGGGGUCAAAUGAAGGUGAAUUCAAAGCUGAAGGAAAUAGCAAAUUCACAUACACAGUCCUGGAGGAUGGUUGCACUAAACACACUGGGGAAUGGAGCAAAACAGUCUUUGAAUACCGAACACGGAAGGCCAUGAGAUUACCUAUUAUAGAUAUUGCACCCUAUGAUGUUGGUGGUCCUGAUCAAGAAUUUGGUGUGGACGUUGGCCCUGUUUGCUUUUUAUAAACCAAACUCUCUCUGAAGCCCCAGCAAAAAAAUUGCAUUCCAUAUGUGUUCUUAUUGUUCUAAUCAUGUCAACCAGUACAAGUGACCAACUAAAUUCCAGCUAUUUAUUUCCAAAAUUUUUGGAAAGAGUGUAAUUUGACCAAAAAAGAUACCAUGUUUUUGCUGUUCCUCCAAUACAGUUCAAAUGCCUUUUCUUUUAUUUUUUUAUCAAUUCCAAUUUCAAAAUGUCUCAAUGGUGCUAUAAUAAAUAAACUUCAACACUCUUACAAUAA